UAAACUAAAAACUAAAAAGGGUGAUAUUGUAGAGAGAGAAAUACAGAGGUUUGUUUAGUAUUCUUGUGGUGGUGGUGCUCGUGCUUGUAUUGGCUAAGAGGGUUUCAAAACAUAGAAAACACACACACAUACACAUACACACAUACACAGAGAGAGAAAGUCCUGUCCUGACCCGAUAAUCAUACUCAUAUACUGGAGAGGAGAUGGGAUAGUUCCAAGCUCAAUUUCCCAUAAAAAAAAAUAAAAAAAAAAUUAGCUUUAUUCUUUGCUCUUCAUCUUUCCCUCUCUUACCGUCUGAUCUCUCAUGCCCAUGGAUUCCUUUGAUUUGAUUCGCAAAGCUUUACAGGAUUCACUUCCAAGUUAUAGUAAUGAAAAUGGCCAGCUAUAGUUGCUUGCAGUGAUAUUCAAAUACCUAGUUAUGCCUCUUAUAUUACACACGCUGCAUACCCUCGACCGGUCUACUUAUUUGGCAGUUAUCGGUGGUGGAUUUCUAAAAAUAGUUGCAACUGUUGUUCUAUAUUGAGUUAUUUAAUUGGCACUUUCAUGUUAUCUGAGAUACUAUUGAAUUUGAAUUCAUUUAUCUGCUACAUGAUGCAUGAAAUCUGUGGCGAAACUUUCAUUUUUUCCCCUGUUCUUUUUAUAGCAGUCUGGUUGAUCAAUGAGCAUGAUCAAAUUGAACCAUUUUCAGGGUUGGGUUGAGGCUGACUGGACAUGUGCUGUUACUAUUUUUAGAGUCUGUUUGUGUUGUAGUUAUUUUGUCCAUAUUCUAGUUAGUAAUGAACUUAUCCAAGAACGGAUCCCAAAUGGAUGCAAAGCUACUCAGCCCAAACAAGGCAACCACUCUGAAUCCAAAUGCUGCAGAGUUUAUUCCUUUUGCUCUCAGAUCAUCAUUACCUGGAACUACUAGCUCGGUCGAUGCAGAAGCAAGGCUUGCUACUGCUGGAGCUCUUGGGAAAGCAGUUUUAGACAGAUCAGAAUCAUCCAUUUCAAAUAAUUCCGAUGAUGAGGUGCACCAGUACUGGCGAUGUCAGCUCCCUGAUGAUAUAACCCCUGAUUUUGGGGUCAUGGGAGAAGAUGAGUCCCAAGGUCGUAAAGACCUUUCUUUGGCGGGUUUAUCCAUACAUGAUGACACUGAAGCCUCAAGGUUUCCUACUUCUAAAGAAAGUAGAUAUAUAAUAAAUGAGCCGCAGGAGUUAUCUCAACAGCAUAUUAAUGGCAAUAGCAUUGCUGAUAAAUUAAGGUUUUCCCAUUCAAGCUACAGGGAAGAUCCGACUUCAGCAAGCUUUUUGAACACUUUGACAAAGCCUUGGGAUAAGCCAAUUGGGUGUACCAAUCAGCAUAUUAGCAGUGGUCGAGAAGGGCUUGUUUUUGAUGACAACUCUAGACAUGGAUUCUUAAAUGAUGUUUUGGCUGAGAAUGGAAUUGUGGAUGAUACUGAUUUGAACCCUUUGGAGUUUUUAGCUUCUCUGUUCCCUGGUUUUGCGGCAGAAAGCCUUACAGAAGUUUACCUUGCCAAUGGAUGCGAUUUUGAUCUGACCAUUGAGGUGCUCACUCAAUUAGAGCUUCAAGUUGAAGGUAGUUUCAAUCAGAACCUGAAUUCAAAGACUCUGUCAGCUCCCAAUCUCAGUGCAAUGGACUUCCCUGCACUUACUUCACCAGAUGUCCAGACUGCUUCUAUAAAAUAUGCUGUAGAUAAUGUCCAACAAAAUGGCAAUCCUUACCGAUCAUCUGGCAAUGAUAUGCUGUUUUUCAAAUCCAGCUCUUCAGUUCCAUCUAGAGGUGCUGUUGACUUUGCUUCAGCCGUUAGGAAGUUGGCUUCUCAGGAUUCUGGUAUUUGGAAGAAUGAAAAAAAUGGCUUUGGGGAUGCUGUGAUUGGCUCAAGCAGGAGUCCUAAUGUUCUGGCUAGUGGCUACAAUGGUGGACAGGGGAGAGUCAACUUUGGUGAUCGGUUACAGAUUCGUGGUUCAGCUAGGGCAGCUCCUGUUUGGCUUGAAACUGGCGACGCAGUUGCAAAUAUGUAUUCAGAGGUGCGGGAGGAGGCUCGUGAUCAUGCACGAUUACGUAAUGCAUAUUUUGAGCAGGCACGACAGGCCUAUCUUAUUGGAAAUAAGGCCCUAGCAAAGGAACUAAGUGUUAAAGGGCAACAGCACAACAUGCAUAUGAAAGCAGCUCAUGGAAAAGCUCAAGAAUCUAUUUACCGCCAGAGAAAUCCAGUUGCUCCAGAGAUGCAGGGCAAUGGUAGAGGACAUGAUAGGAUGAUAGACCUACACGGGUUGCACGCAAGUGAAGCCAUUCAUGUGCUGAAACAUGAAUUGAGUGUGCUGAAAAGCACUGCCUUAGCUACUGAGCAGCGGCUGCAGGUUUAUAUUUGUGUAGGUACAGGUCAUCAUACCAGGGGUUCCCGUACUCCCGCAAGACUUCCAGUAACCGUACAGCAUUUUCUACUUGAAGAGGGCCUUAACUUCACAGAACCUCAGCCAGGCCUACUUCGUGUUGUGGUAUAUUGAACCAAUGAUGUGAACAAGUUUUUUGACACUGUAAAAGUAAAGUCCAUGAACAUGGACAUUGUAAUCAUUCUUGUAUCUGUAUAUGAGAAGUAGUGGCAAAAUCCAAGCCUGAAGAACAGGAAAAAAGAAGCAGCAGCAGUUAGUGGAAAAAAAAAGAAAGAGAAGGGUUGUUGUAGCAGAUUUGUAUCAUUAAGGUUUAGCUGCAGCAUCAGAUUUACAUUAGUCAGCAGGACAGGACUUCACAGCAGCCCAUGUUAUGGGAUCAUUUUCCUUCUGUUAAUUUUGUACCCAAAUUUUCAUUUCCUUGUUAAAUUUCUUUUUUCUUCUUUUGAUUCAGAUGUAACUGAUAGAAUUCGAUUACACGAUAGAACAAUUGACUUUGCAAAUUAGAUUCUAUGCCAAACAAUUUACAUAUGGCAACAAAUACUCAAGAAGGAACUGCAAUGAUC